AUGUUUCAAAAUCUAGCUGCCGCCGGCUCUUGCUUUGCUUUGCUUUCACUCACUGGCAUUACUCAAGCGAUCCCUGUAACAGCUGCUACGUCUUAUGAUGUUCUCCCAAGCACUGGAACAGUUCUCAACCUCGAUAUUGCACUAAGCAACGUCACAUACACAGUCACAGGAAAUGAGACAAUCUUCGACGUUGCAAAGAAAUUCGGCGUUGGAGCAUGUGAUGUAGCUCGAGUGAACGUGCUAGCCGAUCCAAACUUCAUCUACGCAAAUGAGACAUUGCUCAUCCCAGCAAGAGCCACUUUCCCAGAUGACUAUUCCUGCUUUAGUCAGAAUAAUACCAACGCCACGAACGACUGCGUCUAUGCCGGUCCUCACGUCUACACGAUCAUGCCUGGUGACACUGUUCAAAAGAUUGCCAACGAGCGUUAUAAUAUCACUGUCGAAUCGGUGUUGAACCAGACUGCUCAAACAGGUUACAUCGCUGCCUUGAAUCCAGGUCCUUAUGAUGUGCUCCAGACUGGCGAAACUAUCAAGAUCCCUGUUUGUGAUAACAGCAUUUGCACGGCAAGCGUCUUUACCUUUACCUAUGGCACGCUCCAGGACUUCGCGACAUUUUAUGGUACCACUGUUGGCCAAAUUAUGGCGUUGAAUCUUGGGUAUAACCACACAACUGGUGGUGUUCCUCUUGGUGUUUUCUAUGACUGUGAGAUAGUUUCUUAA